UAGGGGAUGUUACGUGGGAGGCUGUGACUAGAUGGCUCUAAGAAGAACUUGCGUGUUGCAGGGCGUGACGGAGUGCUACCCGCCUAGUGACAAGCGGCUCCGACUGGAGCGGCUGGUUGCACUCUGUGUGUCGCCGUACCUGGGCUACAGGGGACUCUACCUGGAUGGAUGCCCGGAGGUUGCCGUGCCAUCUCGUGAGCUGGAUGUAGCUCGCUUGCGGCGCCCUAGCGUGGCAGACCCAGGACGCCUGACACGACCGCUCAGCACCAGCGCUGCAAAGGUCGAGACACUCGGUGACCUGUUCGCGCUUUCUGCGGACCGCCAUGUCGCCAAGUUCCGCUCCGGCAGCUAACCAGGAUGCCCAUCACCAGCGCCGCCAAGGUCGAGACCCUCAGAGACAUGUUCGCAAUUUCAGCAGAACAUCAUGCCACCAAGUUCUGCUCCAUGCCUAUGACCAGCGCUGCGAAGGUCGAGACUCUUGGUGAACUGUUCGCACAUUGAGACUACCAUGUCGCAAAGUUCCGCUUCGGGAACUAACCAGUGCGCCAUUGCACAGCUGUUGUGUGGUAAAUGCUCUACUUGUUUAACUUGAUGUUCUAUUUUGUAGGCAAACUUGACCUUAUGUAGGCUCUUAGUAAUUUAUUUUUAUUUAAGGUAAGGUGCCUUAGUCCUUAAUUUUUAUAAAUAGGCAUGUAACUAUCAAUUAAUGCAAAGUUGUAUAGUUUGUUACUAACUUAAAACGAAAAUAAUCGUUGUGAAGUUUUAAUAAUUUAGGAGAAAAACUACUGGACAGUAAACAUUUUGAAGCUUAAGUUUAAAUAAAUUUAUCUUUU